GUCUAACAAAUUCAAUUGAUUUUGAUCAAUUCAUUUCUUGUUACAAAGCUCGAAAAAAGAUUGUGAAUACCGUCGUAUGAACUUCACAUGCUGAAUAUUUUACUGUUGUUAAUGCUGCACCCUUACUCCCCCACCGUCAGUUGAUCAAAGUUGAUUUUCUUCAUCAAGACAACAGAUCACCGUUUGCUCAUUUUUAUUUAUUCCACAUAAAAAGGGGACCAUUGACAAGGAAGAGAACAAAGAAGCAAACUAGAAUGAGAAACACUUGAUCCUACAGAAUAGGGGUAACUUAGUCACUAAAUAAAAACUGAAGUUAGGACAAAGUAAAUAGCUCUUAAACUAAAGGGUAAUAUAGGAAUUAAAUAAUAGCUCCUUCUUUUCCUUUUUCUGACUACUUAGCAGAAGAUAGAAUAGAUUUGCAGAAAGGAGUCAGAGAUUGAAGAAACGGAGAGAGAUUUGUGAACUCAUUUUAUCAGUCUAAAAUAAAAUAAAGGUUUCAAAUUUCGAAAUUGGUUUUUUUUUUUUUUUUUUUUGUUUUUAAAUUGAAACCCAAUUCUUUUGCCAAGUCUAGAGUCUUUCAGACAACAGUGAUGGCGGCUGAUUUAUGUAAUCCCUCUUCAAACCUACAAUCAUAAACCCAUUUAUCUUUCAGCUUUCAGGACCAAUAGCAGUUAUUUGUCAUAAAUGUUCCUGAUGGCUAGUGCCAUCUUGUUUUUGGUUCCGAAACUGGAAAAUGAAUAGAAAGUGCUAUCGAGUUGCGGUUGUGUAGCAAGUUUGACUGUUCUGUAGUUAAUUGUGAUUGUUUGUUUGCGGAAGAAGUUUGUGAUUUCUGUACGUAUUUAUCAGCCUAUUUUUAUAUGUGAGUGAUGCCAUGUGGGCACCUGGACCCAAUUGAGACUAAAUGAACGGAGAAAAAUCCCAACACUAUUUUCAUGGAACAAUCAAUAGUUCGUAAACAAUACAACUCUGUGGAGCAUGGAAAUGGGGAACUCCCUCAUGCAACUCAAGCAUUUAUGCUAGAUCCUAUGAGUAGCUUAAAUAUGAGUAUAAGACCUGCUGAGCUAAAUGGAUCAGAAGUUAAACCUGUACUUAAUUAUUCCAUACAGACUGGUGAGGAGUUUGCUCUUGAAUUUAUGCGGGAUCGGGUAUAUCCUAGGAAGCCUUUCAUCCAAAAUUCUCUGGGUGAAUCCAGUUAUGCAACAGAAUAUAUGGAUCUAAAAGGUAUUUUAGGCAUUAGUCAUACAGGGUCUGAAAGUGGGUCUGAAAUUUCAAUGCUUAACAUGGUGCAGAAAGGUCCAAAGGGGUUUGAAAGAAAAGACUCUAUACAGGAAAACCAAAGUAAUUAUGGGUCACUUCAAUCAGUACGACAUACUACAUUGGGCUAUGACAAUAAUAGAGGACUUUUGCAUGUGUCACUUGGUAACUCUGAUAGCACAUCACCAAAGAUGAAGGUUCUCUGCAGCUUUGGUGGGAAAAUCAUACCUCGACCGUGUGAUGGAAAGCUAAGGUAUGUUGGAGGUGAAACACGUUUAAUUCACAUCAGAAAGGAUAUUUCAUGGCAGGAACUUAAGCAGAAGAUAUUAGCUAUUUAUGACCAAGCUCAUGUGAUUAAAUAUCAGCUUCCGGGAGAGGACUUUGAUGCUUUAGUUUCUGUGUCUUCAGAUGAAGAUCUGCAGAAUAUGAUAGAGGAAUGUAAUGAACUUGAAGACAAAGAGGCCUCUCAAAAGCUGAGGAUAUUUCUGUUCUCACUGAGUGAUUUGGAGGAUGCUCAGUUUGGUCUGGGCAACAUGGAUGGUGAUUGUGACAUUCAGUAUGUGGUAGCUGUAAAUGGAAUGGACUUGGGAACAAGGACAAGCUCUUCUCUGCAUUGGUUGACAAGCUUUUCAGCUAACAAUCUGACAGAACUAGAUAGCAAGAAUAUAGAAAGGGAAACAAGCAGAGUUGCAAGAGACUCGGUUGUGGUUAGCUCUUCAAACAUUCCCAGUAUUAUGGUGUCAUCAACUUUUCAGUCUUCUCAACCAGUUCUAUCAAGUUCCUCCGGUGCCUUUGAAACCCAUCCACAGUUUUACCAUGGCCCGACGAUGGGGUAUCCAUUACAGUACGGUCAUGAUUGUUCUAAUUAUUCCUAUAUUGCAGAAUUCUCUAAUUCAAUUCCUCCUAAUGGGUUUAUGAAUAGACAUGAAUGCAUGAAAGAAGUGCAACCAUACAAUGGCCUACAACAGCAGAAUCUGCCAGUGCCGGUGAAUGAGUUGAAACCAAAACCUGAUGGUUCAGGUUACCGGGGUAAUGACCUUGAAAAACAUCAUCUCUUGGAAACAGAUCACCUAGGUUCUUCUCAGCCACACGAUAGAAAGGUGAUAAAUCAUUUUCCGCUUGAAGAAGUGCCAGUUGCAGUUGCUUCACAAGAUCUGCCUUUUUUUACUUCAAAAAAUGAAGCUAAAAACCAGGAAAAUGAAAAAGUUGUGUCUUCUGUUGAUGCUGUGAAUCAAGUGCUGGUUCCUAAACAGGGUAAUGAUGACUAUCAUUCUACAUCUGGUGGUGCAUUUGAUCAAGGUUAUGUUGAUUCUGAUUCUAAUCCAACUGAUUUAAGCUACCUCGAGUCCCCAGUGCCUCCUCACAAGGUUUACUAUUCAGAGAGAAUACCUCGGGAGCAGUUAGACUUGCUGAGUCGAUUGUCAAAGUCUGAUGAUUCAUUAGGUUCUCAGUUGCUGUUAUCUCACCCAAAAUCUAAUGUAGCACAGCAAGAUCCAAAUGCAGAAACUGUUGAAAAUUUAUGUGAUAGUAAUAUCGCUCCCCAUGCUGAAGGCUCAGUUUCAAAACCUUCAAAUAUAGAUCAUCAAACCAUUGAUAAUGGUCUUGCAAAACUGCAAAAGUGCAAAGAAUUUGUUGAUGCUACUUCUAAGAUGAACUCAAAGCUUUCUGAAGAAGUGUUGGACACAGUUUUGAAGCAGGCAGUUUCAAACGCUGUGGACAAUAUGCAAGCUGCAAACAAGGAUACGUUUCAGGUUGAUUGUCUGAAUGAUAACCUUCCAGAUGAUCAAAAGAUACUCACAUUUGAUGAGAAAGCAGAAACUGGAGUGGGACUUCAUGCAGUAUGUGAAGCAGAUUUUCCUAUGCACCAUGAGGACAACUUGACUAGCAAAAACCCUCCAGGGCAUCUUCAUGUUGAUUUGAAGACAGAGAGUUCAACUAAAGAUGAUUCUAAAGAGAACCAUCAAACUGGUUUUUCCAGGACAGAGCAGGGAGACAUUCUUAUUGAUAUCAAUGAUCGAUUUCCUCGUGACUUCCUUUCUGAUAUGUUUUCCAAAGUAAUGCUUUCUGAGGAGUCCUCUGGUGUUAGCCCACAGCAGACAGAUGGAGCUGGCUUGAGCUUGAACAUGGAAAACCAUGAACCAAAACGCUGGUCGUAUUUUCAGAAUUUGGCACAAGAUUAUGGUGAAAAAGAUGGUUCCCUCAUUAACCAAGAUCACAGAUCAGAUCAGCUUACCCCAGUAAAUGUAGUUCCAUUGAGCCAAGUUGAUUCGGAUCAAAAUUUUGGUGAACACAACCAGAAGGACAAUCAACCCCAAGUGCAAAUCAGUGAAAGUAUGCAGUUUGAUGCCAUGAUUGAGAACCUAAGAACACCAGACUUAGAAUAUGAGAAGGGGAAGUCAGAAAAGAGAAAUCUUGGUCUACCUCCUUUGGAUCCUUCUCUGGGAGAUUUUGAUAUCAAUACAUUGCAGUUCAUAAAGAAUGAAGAUCUUGAAGAGUUGAUGGAACUGGGUUCUGGUACAUUUGGGACUGUAUAUCAUGGAAAGUGGAGGGGAUCAGAUGUUGCUGUCAAGAGAAUAAAAAAAAGCUGCUUCACAGGUCGAUCAUCUGAGCAAGAAAGAUUGACCAUUGAAUUCUGGCGGGAAGCUGACAUUCUUUCAAAGCUUCACCAUCCAAAUGUGGUGGCAUUUUAUGGUGUGGUCCAAGAUGGUCCAGGGGGAACGUUGGCUACUGUUACAGAGUACAUGGUUGAUGGUUCCCUUAGGCAUGUUUUACUUCGCAAGGAUAGGUAUCUUGACCGUCGUAAGAAGCUCAUAAUUGCUAUGGAUGCAGCAUUUGGAAUGGAAUAUUUGCAUUCAAAAAAUAUUGUGCAUUUUGAUCUGAAAUGUGACAACUUGCUUGUUAACUUGAAGGAUCCUUCUCGACCAAUUUGCAAGGUUGGUGAUUUUGGACUGUCUAAAAUCAAACGUAAUACAUUAGUUUCUGGCGGUGUUCGGGGGACCCUACCAUGGAUGGCCCCAGAGCUCCUGAAUGGGAGCAGCAAUAAGGUUUCAGAAAAGGUUGAUGUGUUCUCCUUUGGUAUUGUUCUAUGGGAGAUUCUCACUGGGGAAGAGCCUUAUGGCAAUAUGCAUUAUGGUGCAAUCAUAGGAGGAAUUGUAAGUAACACACUGAGACCGACAAUUCCAAGCUUCUGUGAUUCUGAAUGGAGAAAAUUAAUGGAACAGUGUUGGGCACCCAAUCCUGCAGCAAGGCCAUCAUUCACAGAGAUUGCCAGUCGAUUGCGUACAAUGUCAGCAGCUGCUAGCCAAAGCAAGGUUCAUGCUUACAAGGCAUCAAAAUAAUAGCGAUUUCUGAAAGGGAUAGUCUUUUCCAUGAUAUAUCAAAGGAUAGUUUUAUUUCAAUUGUUCACACAUUUAGUAUUGAUUAUAAUUACUUGAAAGGAGAAUUGGCUUCCUAAUUGUUUUUGAAAUGGAAGGCUUCUCUUAAAAGAAUCCAGAAAAACCUUCUUCCCAUCCCAUUAAAUGUAUUGAACAAAAAUUGUGAUUUAUUGUCAUGUUGCACUUAAAAAACUGAUCUUUUG